AUGUUAACUAUCAUGGCUGCUACAGCCAAUAUGUGUCAGAAUGACUCCCAAGCGAGCGAACCACCUCUUUCUGGAAGUUUUGGAAUCAAUGGACUUACUAAUCUUUAUCUUUUGAAUAUUGCGGAAGACCAAGAAAAUGAAUUACUCUAUUUUAUUGGAAGAAUUGGGCUUCCUGGUUCAUUUAGCACAAUCAUCUACAAGGCUGACCCUGAGUUAACCAAACUCAAAGUGAUGACUUAUGAUAUUCAGUCGCAUCACAAUUUCUUUGCUAUAACUCAGAACAAAGACUUUAUGUACAUUCUUAGUAUUACAGGGGGAAAGAUAUUAGAAGUCAGGACUUCAGACUUGAUGAUAUCAAGAGAGUUGUCAGUUAGUUCUGGCUUUGUUAAUGGGCAUUCAGGGAUGGAAUUGAUAAAUAACCUCUACUUUAGUCUCAGUUUGAAUUCAGCAAUGCAUAUUUGCAGAUGGGACACUUCAAAUCCCAAUCUGGACUGAUUCGAUUUUGGAGUAUACAAGCCAGCCAACUUUGCUCAGAUCAGCGACGAAUUGAUGUUCUGUGGGUCGAUCGAUACAGUUGCAGAUCAGUACUACCUAGUGAAUUACAACUUCUCUUCAUCUAGCCUGGUCUGGAAGAAGAGCAUUGACUGUCCAACUUCAGGUUGAGAAGACAAAUAUAGUAGCUCCCUUUUGAGUGGAAAUGAGCAAUGGCUCUACACAAUGAUUCUAUAUGAUAGAAAUUUUAUUUUUUACAAGCUAAGUGUGGCUGAUGGAAAUUCCCAGAAUUCUGGGCUGGUUUGGAAUGAUAGUGGAUUUUACAAUAGUUAUUCAAUGGAAGAGUUUACUAAUUUCAUUGCUGUUCAAAUUGAUAGCAGCUCGCUAUCUAAUGGAAAAAGAUUGAUCCUGAUAAAUUCUUCUAAUACAGAAAUUCUGAAAGAAUACAAAUCUAUAGGCUCUAGGGCUUAUGCUGUUGGAAGAUUAUUGUACAAAGGUGAAGAACUGAUAUAUCAGACUGGAACAAUUAUAACCAAUGAUACAUUCUUUAUGACAAGAUCAUCUACAGACAAAAUCAGUCAGCUGAAAGAGUUUGAAGAAGACACUCCUCUCUUCAGCCCAGUUACCACUGAUUAUCUAGUGUCAUCAACAACAUCGAACCCAGACAUAUCUCCAAGUACUAAGACUCUCACUAUCUCAGCCUCAUCACCAGUUGUAACAACUGACCUUACUUCUUCAGCGAAUCCUUCAUUUGCUACUUAUGUGGCUUUGUGGAAUCAAGAUUAUACCCAGUCAGUUCAGAGUAACACUUCGGUGAAACUAGAUUUCACCUGGGCAUGAAUUCAGUCUGGAGAAUACACUGACAUUAGUUUCAGCCUAGCUCAGACUGAUUCUCAUUCAAUCCCUGAAUGGGUUCAGUUGGACGCUGACAACCAAGAGUUGUACCUUAACACAACUCCUAAAUUGGAUACUCCAAAAAUCUUUUUCUUUUCUUUGAAAAUCUCGUUUGAUAGCGAAGUGCAUUAUAAGAAGUUCGAAAUUACUGUGGAAGAGUGAUCAAUUGAGCACUGUGAAAUCUGAAAAUUAGGGAGUCCUAAUAUUUGAGAGACAUGAGUUGAUGGUUAUCAAAGUUCUAAUCCACAAAAAUCUUGCUCCAAAAUAGGCGCUAUGGCUAGAACAACUAAAACUGCUGCUGCUUUGGUAGUAUCAAGCGUCAUACUUGCAAGUGCUUCAUCUAUUUUGUCAUUGUCAUCUAUCAACUCCAUCUUUAGUAUCAUGAACAGUAUGCAGCUUGCAGUACUGUUGCCUCUAGUUCCUAACUACUUUUCAUCUAAAGUGUUAGAUUUCUUGAGCGGAAUGGGGUUCGUAAUGCUCUCAUUCGAUUUCAUCAAGUUCAAGGAUCUCCCAUUUGUGGAAUAUUUGACUAAUUGGGUGUCGUAUCCUCAAUCAGAAGAGUACUUGAAUAGCCUUGGAAUGAGGUCUGGGAGUUCAGUUGUCAAUUAUUUAUCACUGAUGGUCAUUAUUAUCAUUAUUGGAGUCUUUAAUUUUUGAAUUUUUCUGUGUAAUAUGUGAACAGAGAACUCGAAACAUACAAGAUGCAAAAGAUUUAUGAAAAAGUUGUUCAGGUUUUUAACUUUUAAUAUCUAUAUUAGAAUAUUCAUGCAGGCAUUUGCAUUCACAACUCUAUCUAUCUUCUCUGAACUUUAUAAUCUCAAUCUUGCGAGAACUGUGACAAAAAUAUCCUUUGGUUUAUGAGUAGUGUUUUCUAUUUGCACAAGUGUGCUGUUUAUUUUGUCGUUUAGAAUGUACUGAAUGUCAUUUCCUCAGAUUGACAGAGAGAAGUAUUGGCCAUGAAUUGAAUACUUCAGUGGAAUCAAGCCAACUAAAUAUUCAAAACUCUAUUCUAGUCUGUUUAUGUUGGUGAGAUUAUUGAUGACCUCAUUACUUAUAUUUUGCCAAGCCUCACGUCCAUAUGAAAGAGCCAUUUUCUUUUACUUGAUAAACAUUGCUUACUGAAUUUAUUUGAUUAUUAUAAGACCAUUUGAGAAUCAACAGGAUAAUAUUAUUGAGAUCAUUAACCAGACACUGUUUUGUUUCUUGGCAGUUCCAUUGUCAUGGCUUAAUACAAAACAAUCCUGGACUUCGUUUUAUGAACACUAUUAUACAUCAAUAUUGAUGAUCUCUCCAGCUAUUGGAAGCUUAAUAUGCUUUGCAUUCUUGAUAAAAUCAAUAGUAAUGUACAAACUAAAACAUAAAACCAAGAAGAAAGAGCAAAAUAUAGCUCCUAAAAAGCCCUCUGAUCAUCAUAGAGCACCCCAGAACCAAGAAUAUCCUCGUCCAGUACCUUCCCCUGACAUCAACAACCCUUCAGAGAGCAUGAACAGAAGUAGUGCUCCCAUUGUACCUCCUCGAGCCUCUCAAGGUCGGCCUUAUCAAAGAUCUCAUCCCAACCAAAUUCCAGUGACUAGAAAACUGUGAAUUCACACCUUCUGAAUGAUCAAUUAG